AUGUUUGUUGGUCAAAAGAGAUGUCUCUUCGCCUCUUACGCUCUGUUGCACCUCGUUGUGACUGCAGUGCAAUGCUUCGAUAUAGGGAUAUCCACCAAGUGUGUGGCCAUCCCGGAGGAGAUGGGGUUGUGCCAGGACGUUGGCUAUUCAGAAAUGAGGCUCCCAAACCUGAUGGGACACACCACACUGGGAGAAGUUAUUCCCAAAUCAGCUGCCUGGGAGUCCUUGCUGAGGACUGGCUGUCAUUCAGAGGCCAGGACCUUUCUUUGUGCUUUGUUCGCCCCGAUCUGCUUAGACACGUUUAUCCAGCCUUGCCGCAGUAUGUGCACAGCUGUUCGUAACAGUUGCCUUCAAGUCCUCACCUGCCAUGGACACUCCUGGCCGGAAGCACUUGAUUGUGACAGGUUCCCAGCUGAUGAAGACACGUGCCUGACAUCCAUCUCCAAGGAGACUCCUACAUACCGAAAAUUUUUUCCAAAGCCUAUCUGUCAGGGCUGCCCAGUUACGGAGGAACUCAGUGCUCACAAACGAGUUCUGCAGACAUUCUGUCAGAACAAUUUUGCUGUGAAAGUCAAACUGGCUAAAAGGAAGAGUGCGUCGGGAGAUUCUGAGCUGGAGAUUGACGGGCGGGUGGAGAUGAUCAGUUCCGGCUCUCUGUUUCCCUUUGGAACGCACACCAUCAUUCAGCAGUGGCUCCUUAUCAACACCAAUUGUGCCCAUAAGAUGAUGCGAGGCAACCGGGUUGUGCAGUAUGUGCUGAUAGGGGACGUGCAGGACUCCAACAUAAUAGUAAAUAAGGUGUAUUUGUGGCACCGGAAAGACACGCAGCUGAUGCUUGCCGCUCGCAAAUGGAAACAACACAAAUGCUAGAAUAAUGACCUGUAAUCAAGUACUUAAGUACAACAC